AUCUUGCUGCUCAGAGGUCGGCCCUGGGUGGUCGAUCAGGUCCAUGCCAUGGCCGACUAGUCGUAUGGAACACUUCUGCAGAUUAACUUAGCUCCAGGUGAGUAAUGGGUGAAAGCAACGGACCUGACGCCGCGUGUAGUCCCUUGGGUUCAGACAGGACUCCUCCCAGGCUUACAAAUACCGGUCAGUUCCCUGCGUUUCCAUCACCAAGUGACCACUGCAAACACACAGCUCCUCUCGUUCCUUGUCCCAAGUUCCCAUCGAUCGAUCACGAAGAACACCCAUCUGGACAGGCAUGACACGAUCUCGCGGCCUCGGGCUCGUCUGCCUCGCCCUUUUGGUCGCAGCGGCCAGCGCGACGCAGUUCAGAGUAGGGGGCCAGAAAGGCUGGAGCGUGCCGGACGCGAGCGCCGAGUCCUACAACAGCUGGGCGGCGAGGAUGCAGUUUCAGAUAGGCGACCAGCUCUUGUUCGUGUACCCGAAGGAGACGGACUCGGUGCUCCUGGUGGAGCCGGCGGCGUACAACGCGUGCAACACGUCGUCGUACGUCAGCAAGUUCGACGACGGCGCCACGGUGUUCACGUUCGACCGCUCCGGCUUCUUCUUCUUCGUCAGCGGCAACGAAUGCAACUGCCGGGCCAACGAGAAGCUCAUCGUCUUCGUCCUCGCCGACUGCAGUGGCACCCACACCCCGCCGGCUCCGUCUACCAUGCCGCCGCCAUCUUCCGCGCCUUUGCCGAGCCCGUCCUCGCCUCCCUCCGCUACCCCUUUGCCGAGCCCGUCGUCACCUCCGUCGGCUGCCCCUCUGCCGGCUCCUGCGGCCACCCCGACCUCGCCGCCAUCCCCGGCAGGUUCGGCUCCUGCGUCUGCUCCUACAACCACCCCGAGCUCACCACCGUCGCCCGCGGCUCUGGCCCCGUCGCCAUCCACCCCAGGAGGGGUGCCGCAGCCGCCGUCCCCAACCUCGGCGCCAUCCCCGACAGGUUCGGCUCCUGCGUCUGCUCCUACAACCACCCCGAGCUCACCACCGUCGCCAUCCACCCCAGGAGGGGUGCCGCAGCCGCCGUCCCCAACCUCGGCACCAUCCCCGGCAGGUUCGGCUCCUGCAUCUGCUCCUACCACCACCCCAAGCUCACCACCGUCGCCCACGGCUUUGGCCCCGCCGCCUUCCACCCCAGGAGGGGUGCCGCAGCCGCCGCCGUCCACCCCAGGAGGGGUGCCGCAGCCGCCGCCCGCUUCUCCCAACGCGCCUGGCGCCGCGGGCAGCAACCCUACCACGCCGCCUCUGCCUUCCGCCAGCGACCAGAGCGCAGCUACUCCGGUGCUCGCGGGCUUCCUCGGCUCGCUGGGCGCGUUCAUGUUCUUUUGUGUCUGAAAAGUUCUGCUACGGCAUGUCCUUUUGUGUAGUGUAACUCGAGAUGACUUACACUGUGAAGAUGAUCAUUUAUACCUGUACUUUGUUCUUAUACUUGUGGAAUACUCCAAUAAAUACAUGCACGAUUGUGUUUGGCUGUA